AUGGACGGUUCCAUCACUUUCAUUGGUUAUGGCACUCGCGAGGGCAAGAAGAUUGCCAAGACCGACCGACCAUCGCAGAAGCGUCGAUACGACGAAAUGGUGGAAAUAUAUGUCGGUGACGAGUUUGUCCAAAAUAUUCCUUUACGACUAUUGAAGCGCUUUUCUCGAGCUGCGAAUGAGCAAUUCUCGUCCAAUGAGGGCACGUCAUCGCAACCUCAUUCGAAAUUCGACUGCGGCAGUGAGUCUGAGGCCUCAACGUCAGCUCCAAGAUUGCCUGGAGGCAAAAAGCAGAUGGGGCUGUACUUGGAAGGUGUCAAAGCGGCCGACUACCCACGCAUAACAUUCGUCAAGGACGCGCUCAAUUGGAUGAAGUCCAACGAAGGUGAGAAUGAAAAUCUCAUUAAUUUCGGCCCGAGCGAGCCCAGCGAGACAGGAAUUCUGGGUCUCCUGGAAAGCUAUCAGGUUGCCGUGGCACUCCAGAUCCGGCCCCCAAGUGUGACAAACGCCUUGAGGACGGAGUUAAAGAACAGAGUGACCGAGACAGUCCCUGAAGAUGUCGAGAACAUGCUGCGAGAUGUUACGCAGUAUCUUCCAGUUAAUGAUGUGGUGACUGUUCGGGCUAUCACAGCAGCAUGGGACAGGUGGAGUAACCAUGUGUACACCAGGGAGGAGUGGCUCGGCAUCAAGGAACUGCUGUUGAACUCUGAGAACAAGGCGCUGGCUAGGAAGGCAAAGGCGAUCUUUGACUACCGCAUGAAUGGCAAGCAGAAGCGACUGCAAGAGCAGACACCGGACGAUCGCGCCAUGGAGCAACAUCACGAGGGCUGGCGCAGACUGUGUGAGAAUUCAGACCAGAACGUGGCGGAGGCUAGGGCCAGUGGCGGUGGACGGAGACGGAACAGACGUGCUCAACAGGAGCGUCGUGACUCUGCGAAGUGA